AUGUUUAACGAUAAUCAUAUACUAAUAGCCUUCGUGGAUACAAAUAACGCUUCCUUUAAUAACAGUUUUAUAACAAAUUGUAUUUUACUACUGGAUUUGAAAACUCAUGACACUGAUAUAGUGGGUAAGCCAAUUGAAGUUGAAAAAAGAGAAAAUCCGACUAAUGAAGAAAUUGAUUUGUUGCAUCAGAAGUUCAUUGAAGGACUGAUGCUCCAAUUUUUGUCUUUGUAUUUUUGUAGGGGUCUACACCUGGUGGGGUAUUCAGCAGGUUCGCAUUUAGUGGCACCACUGUACACAAAUAUUGGUAAAAAUUUAAGCAACGAAGUGAAAAAUUUUGUCAAAACAGCAAUUCUGCGACGCAUUGGCUACGACCUUGUGGACCAGAUCAAGGCGUCCCCGCUAGUCGCCGUAAAACACACCUUACUUCAACUGGGGGAUUGCAGCGGUGAAACAAAUUCCCGCGUAAUGGCUUAUGUUCAUGUUCCACCCCGCUGUGUGAGUGAGUUGUCGUUGUCACCCCUUGGUGCUUGCUACUCGGGACAGACCGCCUCCACCGCCCCCUCUUUACGCCGCCACAGGUCUGUAGCAAAUGAAGCACCAAACCAGAUGAUUUGUAUACUUCCGACUUUGUCUGAACGACAACUUCAAACAUUAUCAACCUCGGUAUGUUUUUCAAUCCUCGUCUUCGCUACUCCAAUCGGCUGGACGCUCUUCUUCUUUCUACUAACAACACGUUUUUGGUGGCUAGCAAUACUUUAUUCCUUCUGGUUGUACCAUGACCGCACAACCCCAGAAACCGGAGGACGUUCCAACGACUGGAUACAAAGCUGGAAAUGCUGCUGGUACUACAAAAACUAUUUCCCCGCAAACCUAAUCAAACCAGAAUCAACACUAAAUCCACAACAAAAUUAUCUCUUCUCGUGCUUUCCUCAUGGAAUCUUACCCACAGGCCCCUUCCACAACAUCUCGGCCCGUUCAAGUGAGUUUCGACACCUGUACCCCAAGUUCAAGGCCCACAUGGCAAUUCUACACUGGCUUUUUUAUACUCCGUUCUUGAGAGACUUAGGACUAGCUUUGGGAUUAGUAUCGUGUUCUGCCAAGUCAGUCAGUUACGUCUUAAGUAGACCAGAAGGUGGCCAAAUUGUUCUUCUUAACCCAGGAGGUGCUACAGAAACUUUCAACGCUGGUCAAGAACAAUAUAAAUUUUUUGUAAAAACCCGGAAAGGCUUCGUCAAGAUAGCGCUAGAAAAUGGUGCCGCGCUAGUACCGGUCAUCACGUUUGGCGAAAAUGAACUCUUUCGACAGUUUCAAAAUGAUAAAUUACGACGGGUACAGGAGUUUGUGAAAAAACCGUUUGGAUUUGUGCCUGCAUUAUUUUAUGGACGAGGGUUCACUGAGAAUUCAUUCGGAAUAGUACCAUUGAGCAGGCCUUUGAAGACUGUAUUAGGUACUCCAAUAGAAGUUGGAAAAAGAGAAAAUCCAACCACUGAAGAAAUUGAUUUGGUGCAUCAAAAAUUCCUUGAAGAAUUGGUACGACUUUUUGAAACGCACAAAAACGAGUUUAUGGAAAAUCCACAGGAGGCGUUAUUGUUAGAAUAA